UUUACUACUCUCUAUUGUUAUGAUUUUAAAGUUUUUUACUCUUUUGAAUGAUAACAUACAUUUUUAUUUUUAUUUUUUGAAGCAAAAUAUUAUUCAGAGUAUUUUGAUCUAUAAAAUUCAUAUUUUGGACAAGUAGCUGAUUAGUUAUAAUAACUAAUAAUUAUGGUUAUUUAAAGUUAAAAUUAGUAAAUUAGUGGAAUACAAUUUUGUGAGGUAUACUAGUACUACUAUUCCACUCAUCUAAAUUUAAAGUAUUUAUAACUUAUAAACUACUUAUCUGAAAUUUAAUUUUUAUGUAUUGUAGUACUCCAAAAAAUAUUCUGCUUUGAAAUAGUUAAUUAAAAAAAAAAAAUUGUAAAAAAAAAAAAUGUUUUUAAAAACAAUAGUUUUUGAAAUAAGAUGUGUUUUACGUCAAUUUAAUCACUCAAUAUAACAGUACUUUAUGCAUAAUUUUGAACUUUAUUUGUGAAACACGAAACUAAAGUGAUUACUGUGCUAUCAAUUUCUCUUAUUUGUGAGAAUUUAACUUACAUCUUCUGUGCAUCCUCAACAGCUAUAUAUUUUUUCUAUGAAAAUAUAUUUAUAAUAACAUAUUUUUACUUUUCAAAUAUUUUAAAUAAUAUUGUUAGUCAACCUGUAUUCUAAAUCAAAAAUGUACAGUUAUUAUAAAAAAAAUAGUGCUCUAUUUACACGAAAUACAAGGGUUAAAAACAAUUAUAAAUCAGAGAAAUUUAUUUCACAGCAGUUUAAUUUUAUUUUCAACAAAUUAAAUUUAAAAUAUGCUUUACAUGGAUAUGUACAUAGUAAAUAUUAACAUUAAACUACCUAUGUAUUUUCCAGUUCUUUUUUUUAAUAGAAAAGUAUGUGUUUCAUUAAUCCAAAGUUUAAGGAAUUAAUUAUAUUAUUAAAAAAAAAUUUACAUUUAAAAUAGCAAUGAAUUUAUUAAAAACUAGAAACUUCUCUUUUAAUUUAUUAUUUAUUUUAAUUUUUUAGUACAAUAUAAUUUGCUUAAUGCUUAUACAAAAUUAUUUUUCAAAACUGCACUAAAAAUAUUAUAGAAAAAGCUGGGCACCUUUAGUGAACCACUGUAUAUUAUAUAGAUUUAUUAUUAUUGUAAUUUUUUUUAUCAUCUAUUCUAAAUCAUGUUCCUUUAUGACAAUACAAUAUAUAGAAAAAAAUAAAAUAUUUGUAGAUACUACUAAGUAUUAUGCCUCUAAUUUUAUCAUAAACAUAAUAACUUUAAUCUGGAUAGUUCUAAAAUUAUUUUCAUUAAACAUAUUAUAGUUCUUAGGUCUUGAACAAAGUUAAUUCUUAUUAUUGUGUUUUUAAUAGUUAUUUUGUAUUUUUUUUUUUACCUAUUUUCCAAUUUUAGUUCAAACAAAUUUUUUAAUACAUGUAACAUGUUUAAUAUUUAGUAUUUACUAAUAUAUUUAAACUAGAUUUCCAUAUUUUAUGAACACAUAACAUAUUUUUUUGGUGCUUGCUCUUAAGACUUAUUGAAUAAAUAUAAUUAUUUGAAAAUUUCAGAACUUCUUUAAUAUGUAAUUUUUUCAAUUAAUAUUAUUCCGAUUCCAAAAAUGUAUUCAAUUCUCCUAUUGAAAUAAAAAACAAAUACAAAUUUAAUUUUUUAAGUAAAUUUCAUCUUAUAUUUUUUAUUUUAAUCACUUGUUGAAUAGUUUAGAAAUGUUAAAGCUUACAUUUAUUUUAAGCAUGAUAUAGCAUUUGAAGAUUAUUAACUUUUUAAAUAAGUAGACUUAGAGUGGUUUGUCAUAAUAUGUAUAAUCAUUAAUCAGUAAUUACAAAAUUUUUAAUUUUACUUAUACCUAUAAGUAAAAACUAAAUGUUUAUUAAGACAUUCUUAAUUUUGAUAAAUAGUUACCAAUGUGAUAUAUUUUUAUUAAAAUAUAAUAUUAUAUGAAAAUUUUAAACUUAAAAACGCAUGAAUCAAUUGCUACUUGUUUGAUCUAUUAUUUUUGGUUCCAGGUCUAAAAAUCUCCAAUAAAAUAUAUAUCCUGAAAAAAUAUUUCUCCUAUACAAAAUAUAUUUUAAAAAAUAUAAGAAAAAAUAAAAUUUUCCGUUACUAAUUUAGAAUAUGAAAAUUCAUUAUAUUUUUAAAAUAUUGGCUAAUAACGACUGUGAUAUAAUAUAUUGUUAUUAUUAUAAUUAAAUAGAUAUUUUGUAAAGGUAAAAUACUUGUAUUUUGUAGGAGAUAAAAUUUUUUAGAGAUAUUUUUACCAGUUACCAUUAUUUUCAUACCCCAUGCCAAUGUAACAUGAAUAAUAUUAUUAUUUAUUUUUAGUUGAUCAAUAAAUAAAUAAAAUUAAGUUUAUAUUAACAGUAUACACUUAUUAUAAAUUAUAAUUUAACAUAAUUCACAUAUGUCGCAAUAUUGAUACGACUAUAUAAUUUUUUUUAUUUACUAUAUUUUUGUAUUUUUUAGUUUAGGUUUUGUAACUAAAGAAAACAAAUAAAAAAUUUAAAAUUUAAAUAAUAUAUUUCUAAAAAUCGAUAUGUGACUAUUUUGAACUUGAACAAAAUAUUGUAUAAAAGUGUGAUUUAAUUUUUGCAUGAUGAUUAAUUUACCCAAAUUUUAAUCUUUAAUAAUACUAGGCCAUAUUCACCUAUUUAGUAAGUUUUUAUGGUAAUCUAUGGUCUUUUAAAUUGGAUCUAAGUAUCUAGCAGCUAGGUGGGAGGAAAGGGGAAAAAAGUUAAAAUAUUUCUCAUCACUUCGAAAUACUUAGGAUGCACAAAGAAAAAAAAGUAAUCAAAAUUAAUAAAAGCAUGGGCUUGAAAUUUCCAUCAAAUAUUUUAUAUUAGCAUUUUCUUGGAUUGAUAAUUUUUAAAUUAUUUUGUGUGACAUAUAAUUAUUAGGCAGGUCAUUCUCAUCUUAAAAUAAAAAAUAUAAUAAUAAAUAUUAUUAGUUAAUUUACAUAAUAUUUUUGUAUUUAUACUUAUCUUUAUUUUUUCUCUUAUUAAACAUUUAUUAUUUAUAUCCAUGUUACGAUGUAUGCCUACUCUUUUUAAACAUAAUAACUAUACUCACUACCCCUUAUGGAUGUUAUAACUUUGAAUAAAAUUUUUAAAAAAAUCAAAGGAAGCUCCACUGUCAUAUAAUAUGGUCAUUGGCCAUUCUUGAAGACCAUUGAGUAAUGGUUAAUUCCUAUGGUUAUUUAGUUUAACCAAAAACCAUAAUAUUUAAUGUCCUUUAUUUUACUUACUAGUCACUACUGUCUACUACGUGUCUCCGUAUGUAGCAUACUUGCAAUUUACGUACACAAAAUACAUACAUAUAAAAUAUAUUCAUACACAAAUAGCUUAGUUAAAAACGCAAAUCAUAUCUAAUUGGAUAAUAUAAUCUACACAAAUGCUAUUAUUACAAAAAAUCGAUUAAGUUUCGAUGUUUAAAUAUGAUUUGAGCACGACGUCAUAAUACGAACUUACGCAUUUAUAUUUGUGAUUUGCGGACUUUUUGACUUCAGACUUGUUGCUUAGUAUCUACUCAUCUGCUGCCUAGUUGCCACGUUAUUAUCGUGUGUAUACGAUUGGAAGACAUCAAUUGUUUAUUUUAAAACAAUCGAAAAUAAAGUGAUGUAAUUGAGAUUCGUAACAUUCUAGAAUAGCUCAACAGCUAUAUUCGCUAGUGGUGGUGAUCAUAGACAUGGGAGAAAUACUGCAAAUUCAAGUGGGUCGUUGUGGCAAUCGGAUUGGAGACAACUUUUGGAAAACCAUAUCUAAUGAACAUGGACUUGACGAGGAAGGGAAAGUUACCAGUUAUACUACGGAUGAGCAGUUAGAGCACAUAAAUGUAUAUUAUGAUGAAUCCCAAGGUGGAAUUUAUGUGCCUCGGGCGGUGCUCGUGGACUCAGAUUCGACGUUAUUAAACACGAUCGGUGGGCGACCGUGUUGUGGUAACGCAUACAGAAAACAAAACUUUGUGGGAGGGCAUGGCAGAACCGGAAGUAAUUGGGCCAGGGGCUAUUAUGAUAGCAGUGAAAUAUCAAGUCUCGUUGUGGACGCUGUCCAGUCGGAAGCGGAGCGAUGCGAUCGGCUCCAAGGGUUCCAGUUGGUACAUUCGAUGGGCGGAGGAACUGGGUCCGGUCUAGGUGGACGAGUGCUGGACAACGUCCGAGUGUUGUAUCCAAACCAGGUGGCUCACACGUACAGUGUAGCACCGUGGACGACCGUGUCGGACGAGCCUACUGAGUCGUACAACGUGUUGCUGUCUGCGGCCCGGUUGGUGGGCGACGCGCACGCGACAUAUAUAUUAGACAAUCGGGCGCUAUUUGACACAUGCUGUAGUAGUGGUAGUAGUGGAAAAUAUGCAACAGCCGUUCCUGCGUACGCUGAUCUCAACCACCUGGUGUCGCAGAUCAUGUCUGGAACGACGACUGGACUCCGGUUCUCCGGUAGGUUGAACGCCGACAUGAGAAAGUGCACCGCCAACAUAGUGCCUUAUCCGAGACUGCACUUUUUUCUGCCGGAAUUUGCACCGCUCACAUUCCGUGGUCAAACGGAUGCGUGCGUGUACACCAUUCCCGAGCUGGCCACGCAACUGUUCGGAGCAGUGCGGCUGCAACGGCGUUGCAUCGACGCCGACACCAUCGAGGCUGUCGUAAUGGCUGCCGUCAUGACGUUUAGGGGCAGAAGCUUAGAGACCGACAGCAGUGGCGGCGUACCAUUGCAGCCGGCUACGGGAUGGAUGUCUGACCCAGAACGUUGUUGGUUACCGGACAACCUCAAAACUGCCAGUUACGGUGUACCGUCUCACGGACUCGAGAAUAGUGGCACUGUAGUGGCCAAUACAACAGCGGUGCGCGACGUAUUUGAACGGUACUGCCAGCGAUUUAAGUCAAUGUUGGCAAAACGGAAGCUAUUGCACAAGUACACCGAAGAGGGGAUAGAUUUAGAUGAAUUCCGAGUUGCAUUUGAACAGAUUGAAUCGCUGCUGGCUGAAUACUUGGCGAUCGAGCAGAUCAAUUGUAAUGGUGACGAUGACGAUGACAGACAAUCAUUAACAAGUAUGAGCUGUACUGUAUCGCCAUCGACGGUUGAUGGACAAAAACUGCCAGUACUUUAAUUAUUGUAAUAUGAGAAAUUACAUAAAUUAUUUACACAGAAAGAUAUUUUUUCGUUUAUUGUAGACAACCCAUAAAAUGCUGAUGAUUGCAGUUAAUUGUUAUUAUAGUAAUUGUUUGUAAUU